AUGUGUGUUGUUUUCCUCAUUAUGCUGCUUUCCAUCAUCACCACCAGUCCUCUAGCCCAUGCUCAAUUCCCCUUUCUCGGUCCCAUUCUUGGUCCCAUUUUUGGUCCCAUUCCCAUUGUUGGUCCCAUUCUUGGUCCCAUUGUUGGCCAACCCAUUAUACCACCGGUUGGUCAAGUACCACCGAUUGUACCACCAUUUCAUCUGUGCCACCGUAAAAUACCACCCAUUGGUGGAAUAGUGGCCAUUAUUUGUGGCAACACAACCCUUGCUCAAGUGAUCACAAAUGUUGAAGGUUUAAUAAAUGUUACAUUGAGCACCAAUACAAAUAUUUUGUUUGGAAAUACGUCAACUCUUUCAUGUGUUGCAAGGGUUGCUCUCCCAAUUGUUAAUUGUACUUUGUUGCCCACCUCAGGAAUUCUUCAAGCUCCCCUCAUGCUUGUUGGAAACAUCAUUCAGGGUGUGGGUGGUGUAGUUUUAUCAGCACUUGUGGGGACAUUUAGUUUAGUAGCAGUUAUGAUAUAG